AUGGAAACGUUGGAAGGCAUGGAGCCAACCAUCCUGGAGUCUUCUUUCUUCGAGCCAGCCAAUCUUGAGAAGUUCGGCAACGACUAUUUUGAAAACUAUUGGCCUCACUUCCCCAUCAUUCAUCGACCGACGUUCUCUCCCUUCCACAGUCCGCCGUUAUUGGUUGCAGCCAUAGCCAUGUUUGGCUCCAGGUUCGACGGCGAUCCUGGGACCUUUCACGUAGCGUCGGCCAUUCAUGACCACCUGAGCGCAUGUAUUUUCAACACAAGGGCCAUGCAGCAAUCCCUUACCACGGACUAUCUGCAGACUCUUCUCCUCGUGUUGGCGCAUGGAAAGAUGUUCUCUAGUAGAAAACAUCACGAAAUGGCACACAUCUUCCACAGUGCCAUGAUCAACCUCUUCCGCCGAGAAGAUGCUUUCUCACCCCAAGUUCUGUCCGCCGAAGCCUCAGGGUCCUCACUGGAACAAAAGUGGCAGAGUUGGAUUGAGAGGGAAUCAAUGACGCGGUUGGCUUUCUUUGCGUUCAUGAUGGACGCACAACAUGCCAUGUAUUUCAUGCACACGCCUGUGCUCAACGUCAACGACAUACAUCUGCAACUGCCAUGCGAAGACGUUCUCUGGAAUGCCGCCACGGCUGAGCAGUGGCAUAAGAGUGCACAGACUACGUGUGAAUCGCCAUAUUUCCGUCAAUGCUUGAGAAGCCUCCUCAGGAAGAUACCGGCGCCACAUGGACACUCUCCUUACUCCCGAUUCAUCCUCCUCCAUGGUUUGUUCAGUGUGGCCACGUCCUUGCAUACGAACGAGUCCAUGUAUCUCAACAUGGGCAUGACUGGACCUCUGGACGAAUGGCGAGCCAUCAUCAGCCAGGGGAUUGAAACUUGGUCGUCUUCUGAACUAUUCAUCGAGACAUCUCUAUCCUCGGCCGCCGCCCGGUUGCUGUCGCGGAUGGCGCAGAUCACCAUGCACUGUCAUCUGUACCACGUUCAUGUAUUCUCGGGGGCCCCUUCGCUUCUUGGAAACACCAUCACGGGAACGGACUACACAAAGGCCACAGAAUAUCUCAAGCUCUGGUUCGCGAGCAAGCACUCUCGCACGGCCCUUUACCACUCUCUGUCUUUAGUCCAAGACCAUCUCUUCGCUCGGCAGCAAUGCCGGGAAUUUGACAAAAACAUUGCUGUCCGGCCGUGGUGCCUCUACUCGGCCACGCUUGUCAUCUGGGUCUACAGCUCCUUGGAGUAUAGUGCAAAUGCCAGAGAGGAUGCCAGAGAAGACGUCCCUGACAACUUGAGCCUGGAACUGUAUAUUCCGGCAAUGAUCCAGCAUGUGUGCAAAGAAGGAUCGACCAUCAGGAUGAAGCAGACAAAAGACCUGCUGAACAUGGUGCGCGUGCACCUCCAACAUUAUCAAUGGGAACUUCUUCAAGAGGCAUGCAUCACGUUGGGGCGACUCGCGGGCAUGUCCCGCUGA